AUGUCCCUCACAGCCUUAUUGGGCACCUACGCCCGACACCCCGCCGCCCCUAUCACCAACAAUGGACCUCUCUACCUCGCCUUCAACUUCUUCUUCGCCUACGGCCUCCUCUCCUCCCGCACCCUUAAACAAUACUACGGCAUCGACCAUAACGUCUCCCCCCGCGAAGAUCUCAUCAAAUACGGCGACGCAGCCGUCCGCGAGGGCAAGAUCACGCGGAAACAGCUCGAUAUGCUGAAGCGAAACGAGGCUGCGCACGCGAAUGCAGUCGAGAACUUUACGUUGCUUGUUGCGGGGGUGUUGUUUGCGACGGUUGCGGGGGUGACGGCGGAGAUGAUUAAUAUUUCGUCGUGUGCGUAUACGGUUGCGAGGGUGUUGUAUGCGAUUGCGUAUAUUGGCAUUGAGGAUUCGAGGUGGAGUCAGUUGAGGGGGGUGACUUGGUGGGCGGGAAAUUUGUGUUGUUUGGCGAUGUUGUGGAAGGCGUGGGUGAAUAUCAAUGGGUUGACUUUUUAG